GGCACAUCGCGCCCCCCCGGGGGGCCGAUGUCGCGUGGUUGACCGAUUGGGGCGCUGGCGGCGGUUCGCUCCGGUAGAGGCUGCCCGCGAUGCCACGCUCGUUUGCGGCCUGGAACGAGAAGCGGCGCCCGAUCGCUCGCUGUGCGACAUCUCCUCACGCCGAGCCACCCGAAGGGUUCUCGCACACACAGCCCACAAGCCCGCAGAUUCAGGGCCUCAACAUCGACGAGCUGGUGUCGCAGCUGACAGAGAAUGAGCUGAUGCUCGCGCCCUCGGCGGCCUCGCUCCAGCCAGCGCUGCUGCUGGGCUCAGAGGCAGAGUGGAGUCCGCCGCCUGACACGGCGCUCAUUCAUCCCGUCGCCGCUGGGCAGCCGGGCGAGUCGGGCCGCGACUCGGCGGCGAUGGAGACGGACGCGCUGCCGCUCGCGGCGUGCCAACUGGGGCCCGGCACCUGCGCCAUCGCGAUGCACCCGGCGGCGCAUGUCCCUGCGCACCUCCAUGCGCCUGUCGGAGGGCUGGCAGUGCAGCUUGGGCCAGAAGUGCAGCUUGCCCAGCCAGUGGAGGGCAGCGCGGCGCACCUCGGCCGGGCGACCUUCGCGGCGGCGGGGCCGAGCAGCGACGAGGGCGCCACCGAGCCUCCCCUCGUGUGGUCAGCCUGCCGCUGCCCCGUCUCCGCCGACUCAAACGGCGUGCCUAUCGUGCCGGGCCCGGCGGGGAUCGCGUCGGUGUCUGGGUACGCAGUUGCGGUCCGGCUGCACUCGCCGCUGCUCUACUGGGCCGAGCGAUCGCGCUGGAUGUGGCACAAGAAAUGGUGCCUUCCGCGCAUCACCGUCCUCGUCACCG